AAUCUCAAAUUGUUAUGUUUAAUGGUCAUAUCAUUCUCGUGAAUCCUGAACGUUUUGUAGUUCUUCUUGGUUAGCUUUUGUAUCUUUAUUACCGUACCUCGUAAGUUCAGUAAGUUUAUUGAUACAAAAUCAAUUAUACUACAUCAUCAUGUACGACGAUUACAACCAGUAUGAUACAUAUGACGAUUAUGGACCACUGGAUGUUCAUAGCGAGCAAUAUGACAGAUUGAGCUAUCGCCAGGUACCAGAAGUUGUACGAAAUUUUCUGGUAUACUUGCGAAAUUGUAUAAAUGAAGGAAUGAUUUUUGAGACACAAAAUCUUUAUGAAACAACAUUUCCAAAAAUCUCAGAACAGUUGUUUGAUAAGUCUUCUUGGCCAGAUGCUCAAGCGAUUGCACAUAUAGUUGAUAAUGAUCCAGUAUUUCUUACUCUUUAUAAAGAACUUUAUUAUCGUCAUAUUUAUGCUCGAAUGGAAGGACCAACAGUAGAACAACGUCUUGGUUCUUUUUUUAAUUACUGUGACCUUUUCAAUUAUAUAUUACACCCAGAAACACCUGUUCAAUUGGAAUUACCAGAUCAGUGGCUAUGGGAAUUGAUCGAUGAAUUUGUUUAUCAGUUUCAAUCUUUCACACAAUAUCGUGCUAAUUUAUCAAAUAAAACGCCUGAAGAAGUUGAACACUUGAACACACAUAAUAAAGUAUGGGAUGUACUCUGUGUUUUAAACGUCUUGCAUUAUUUAGUUGAUAAAUCAAAAAUUAAAAGUCAAUUAGAGGUAUAUGCAAGUGGAGGAGAUCCAGAUUCUGUGGCUGGAGUAUUUGGAAGACAUUCCUUAUAUAAAAUGCUUGGAUACUUUUCUCUUGUAGGUCUUUUACGGUUGCAUUCUCUUUUAGGAGAUUAUUAUCAAGCUAUUAAAGUUCUAGAAAAUGUGGAGCUUUAUAAAAAAAGUGCAUAUUCCCAUGUACCUGGUUGUCAAAUAUCAACGGCCUAUUAUGUUGGUUUUGCAUAUAUGAUGAUGCGUAGAUACGCAGAUGCAAUCAGAACAUUUUCUGGAAUUCUGUUAUACAUUCAAAGAACAAAACAAUUAUUUGCCACACGAAGUUAUCAGUAUUAUCAAAUAAAUAAACAAACAGAGCAAAUGUACCAUUUAUUAGCAAUCUGCCUUGUUCUUCAUCCUCAAUGCAUUGACGAAGGAUUACAACAAGUAUUACGAGAUAAAAAUUACCAUGAGAAAAUGUACAAGAUGCAAUAUGGAGACCUAGUAGAAUUUGAAUCAUGCUUUCUGUUUGCAUGCCCAAAAUUUUUGUCUCUUACUCCACCGAAUCCCGACAAUCCAAAUGAAGAUUAUGCUCGAGAAGCUAUCAAACAUCAAACUCAAGUUUUCAUGGAUGAAGUUAUCCAACAAAAAAUGCUACCGACGAUUCGUUCAUACUUGAAGCUAUAUACUACUUUACCAUUAAGUAAAUUAGCAACAUUCAUGUGCAGCAAUACUAGACCUGAUGAAAGUUGGGAUUUAGAUAAGGAAGUCAGUGCAUUGACCAUUCAUUUGUUAUGUUUCAAACAUAAGAUGAAGAACAUUGUCUGGACGAAAGGGGCAUCAGGAUUACAUGGAAAAUUCCAGUCUGGUUCAGAGUUGGACUUUUAUAUUGAUCAUGAUAUGAUUCAUAUCGCAGAUACAAAAGUAGCACAUCGUUAUGGUGACUUUUUCAUUCGUAAAAUUCUGAAAUUCGAAGAAUUGAAUCGCAAAUUACAUCAUAUAAAGAUUUAAUUAUUGUAUUAAAACAAUAUCUACAGAAGAAAAAUAAAAUAAAUUUAUAACAAAUA